AUGUAUAACCCUCAAGGGAACAUGGGAGCAGGUGGUUUCGGCAGCGGCUAUGAUCAGUUUGGUAACAUGGGAGCAGGUGGUUUCGGCAGUGGCCAUGAUCAGUUUGGUAACAUGGGAGCAGGUGGGUUCGGCAGUGGCCAUGAUCAGUUUGGUAACAUGGGAGCAGGUGGUUUCGGCAGUAGCCAGGAUCAGUUUGGUAACAUGGGAGCAGGUAAUUUCGCCGAUGGUUCCACAGGUUCUGAUAUGACGAGCGGAGGGGAUGAUGACGCCUUUGGUGGGGGUCCACUCAGAGAGAAAAUUCACUAUUGA